AUGCCUCAACUAUGUGGCGAAAAGGAAGUCUUUGCCCAGGUUAAGCUGGCUUUCAAGGCCACCUCGGCUGCCAAAAUGGUAGUCACAAGAAGCCUUCAGCUCACUGUCAAGAAGUUGACCAGACAGCAAAAAACUCUAGAAGGUCAACUCCUGAUGAUUAAAGAGGGUGAAAGAACAGCAAUUUCGUCUCGUGUAGCCGAGUUGGAUCAAAUAAUGCCCCAGUACUUAGGCGUUUCUAAAGCAGUGCUUGACUCUGUCAUAUUUUGCCAUCAAGAUGAGAGCUUAUGGCCGAUGAGUGAACCAUCUGUGUUAAAAAAGAAAUUUGACGAGAUAUUUGAGGCCUUGAAAUAUACCAAGGCCAUUGACAAUAUCAAAGCAUUGCGAAAGAAACAGAACGAGGAACUUGCAAAGUACAAAAUUAUGGAAAACCAUGCUAGAGAUGACAAAGAUAAAGCAGAUCGUGCUGAGAAACGAUCUCUCAAACUCCAAGAAGAAAUCGAAGCUCUUAGAGCAGAGAGCCAUGAACUCUCGAAAGAGAUGAGACGUGUGGCUGAUCUUGCGGAUAAAGCAUGGAAAGAGUCUGAAAGCUAUGCCGAGAUUUUAGGUGCAUUGGAAGGCAAACGUAUUGAAGCCAAGAGUAUUCAGACCAGCAUCAAUAAUCUAAAGCAACAUCUUGUCGAGGUUGAUGAAUCCGACGAAUGGCUUCGGUCAACGUUGGAACAAUUUGAGUCACGACAAGCAGAAUACCAAAACCAGGAGGAGUCUCUAAAGGAGAAAUAUAUGGAUCUGAAAGAACUCAUUGAACAAAACCGCCAUAAGCUGGGCUUAAAACAAACCGAAUGCGGGAAGAAUGAAAAUGAUAAAGCUCAGUUUGAUAGACAGGUGGAGAGGCGAGUAAGGCUAAUCAAGGAUAUAGCCCGACAAAACAACUUUCGUGGCUUUGACGGUGAUUUAGAUGAAAUGGAGAUUAACGACUUCAUGGACCGAAUUCAAAAAUUAACCAAAGAACGAAACCAGGCCCUGGAGAAAGCUAAACGAGAAGCCCAAAACCAGCUGAAAGAUGCGCAGACGCUCCUCAAUCAGCUCAGUCAACGAAAAUCGGCACUUCAAGAGGUGAAAAAUGCUGCAAAGAAACAAAUAUCCAUGAAUGAUAAAGAGGCAGAUACCAUUCAAUGCCGUAUUGAUGAGAUGGAUGUUGAUGAAGGAAAACGUGCUGUAAUUGAGGCAAGAAUGGAGGAGACUGAGAACUAUCUGGAAAAGGAAAAGGAUAAGGCAAAGAAUGCCUCUUGGGAGAGUGACAUUCAAAAGAAUGAUAUUGAGCUCCGAUUGCUAGAAGAACAAUCCUCCAAGCUAAACGCUGAGUUAAUCCAAGGAACCAAAAAAGCUGGUGACCUGGCCCGACUAGAUCACCUCAAAAAAGAAUUGAAAGAUCGACAACGCAGCCUUGAGACCAUGUCCAGUGCCCACGGAGACCGGAUUUCUAAAUUAGUUGAUUCAUCCUGGAGUCCAAGUAAUAUUGAACAAAGAUACCAGGAUGUACUCAAAGAGGCCUCUACCUUAGUUACUGCUGCAGAACGAGAACGUGACGGCACCGGUAAAGAACUUGAACUCAUUGACUUCAAACUCAAGAAUGUGCGGAAAAAUCUCCAGCAACACAGCGCAGACGUUGAGAAUGCAGCGAAGAAGAUAAAUGAAACAAUUGGAGAUGAGCCUGAAGAAUACCCACAUACCGUUAAACAGAAGCAGACCGAGCUUGAUAUGGCUAGGAAAGAUGCCGAUCAGUAUGCUGGUUUGGGCGAAUACCUAAACAUGUGUUUAGAUGCUGCAAACGACAAGAAAGUAUGUCGAACAUGUGCUCGCCCUUUUAAGACAGAGUCGGAACUACAGAUAUUUAAAAACAAACUGAAAGCCUUAAUAAAGAAAGCCACGGAUGAGGACGUGGUUGCUGAAAUUGAAGCACGAGAAGCAGAGCUUGAAAAUGUUCGAGGGGUGGGAACUUUCUAUGAGACAUGGAUCCGACUGACUGGAACCGAUAUACCUGCUCUUAAGAAAGAACAAUCCGGUCUAGAGACUGAACGUGAAGGGGUCCUUGCAAAAUUGGAAGAACGUGAUAGAAUUGUGGACCAGAGGGUGGAAUCUAAAAGAGACAUCGAGUCUUUAUCGAAGAAUGUUGCAACCAUCUCGAGAUACAACAAUGAAAUUUUGACACUCCAAACUCAGAUCCAAGAUCUUUCUGCAAAGCAAGACGAGACUGGAACCUCUCGGACUUUGGAAGACAUUCAAGAUGAAAUUGCUACCCUCGGUGAAAAAGCUCGCAGUCUCAAGCGGAUUUCCAGUAAACUGACUCAUGAAUUGAAUCAAUCUCGAGUGGACGUUGGGAAAUUGGAAUUGAAACUUCGUGAUCUACGCAGAGAGCUUGAUAACGUCAAUUUCGAGCUUGAAAAGAAAGCCACUCUUGUAUCUCGGGUGGAGGAAUACCGAAAUCAAAACUCGAAGCAGCGAGAAAUUAUUGAAAAUGCUGACAAUGAUAUCGAGGGUCUCGUUCCUGAAGUUUCCAAAGCCCAAGCAAGGUAUGAAGAUAUCAGUGCCCGGGGUGAGCAAAGAGAAAAGGAACUGCAACAAGAGGUUUCUGGACUAAAUGAUAGUCUGCAUCAGCUGGACCUUGCCAGUGAAGAUAUCACAAAUUAUAUUGAAAGAGGGGGCCCCGCUCAGCUAGAACGUAGCAAGCGUGAGCUGCAGAACAUAUUAGACGAGAUCAAAACUUUAGAAGCCGAGCAGACGGAUCUCACACGUGAACUCAACAAUAUCUCUACCCGCCUAAAGGAUAGUGAGAGUACUAAACGCCAAUACUCGGAUAAUCUUCGAUAUCGUCAGGAAUCUAAGGCUCUUAUCAAUGUGAACCGCGAGAUAGCAGAUCUCGAGUCCCAAAAUGCGGAGGUGGAUCGGAGUAGAUUCAAGGAAGAAUCUGAACGAAACACUAGGGAACACAACGCCCUUGCAGCGAAGCAGGCGAGCAAAAUGGGUGAAAUGAAAUCAAAGGAUGAUCAAUUGAUGCAGCUUCUUGCAGACUGGAAUACGGACUACAAGGACGCUGGAGCUAAAUUCAAGGAAGCUCACAUAAAGGUUGAAACCACCAAAGCUGCAGUGGAGGAUCUUGGAAGAUACGGGGGAGCUCUAGACAAGGCCAUAAUGAAAUAUCAUGGCCUUAAGAUGGAAGAAAUUAAUCGUAUCAUCGGGGAGCUAUGGCAAAAGACUUACAGGGGAACGGAUGUUGAUACCAUCUUGAUCCGGUCUGAUAAUGAAAGUGCAAGAGGGAACAGAUCCUACAACUACCGUGUUUGUAUGGUCAAACAGGAUGCUGAGAUGGACAUGAGAGGGCGUUGCAGUGCUGGUCAGAAGGUUCUGGCUAGUAUUAUUAUUCGACUAGCAUUGGCUGAAUGUUUUGGUGUUAAUUGCGGCCUGAUUGCGCUUGACGAACCAACUACCAACCUUGAUCGUGAUAAUAUCCGCUCUCUUGCUGAGUCCUUGCACGAAAUUAUCAGAGCCCGUCAGCAGCAGGCAAACUUCCAGUUAAUCGUCAUCACUCACGAUGAGGAGUUUCUUCGAAGCAUGCAGUGCGGUGAUUUCUGUGAUUACUAUUACAGGGUAUCACGAAAUGAGCGCCAGAAAUCUAUCAUUGAGAGACAAUCUAUUGCAGAGUCAAUCUUGGCCUUCGCCUUGUCUAAAAUUGGUCGAAAGCGUAAUCUUCAUACCUACAAUGCUGGCCUACUGGGUGCUGCCGACAAACGUAAAAAAGAAAAAGUGCAUUUUGAUAGCUAUGUGAAAUAA